AUNCCAGCAAGGAAUGUUGUGUCCUGGAAUACUAUAAUUGCUGGUUUGGCCGACAGUGGAAGUUUGCAAGCGCUGGAAUUUGUGUGUAUGAUGCAUAAAGAAGGUUUAGACCUUGAUGAGUUCACAAUACCCUGUAGUCUAAAAGCAUGCAGUUCUCUUGGUUUGUUAGAUAUGGGGAAACAGAUUCAUUGUCAUGUUAUUAAGUCAGGUUUUGAACAUAGUUGUUUCACUGUUUCGGCAUUAGUUGACAUGUAUUCAAAUUGCAAUGUGUUAAGUGAAGCAGUUAGGUUAUUUGAUCAAUACUUGAGUUGCGAUGCUUUGGCUUCUAACAACUUGGCACUUUGGAAUUCUAUGCUUUCUGGCUAUGCUAUUAAUGAACAGAAUGAAGCAGCUGUGAGUCUCCUUUUACAAAUCCAUAGCUCUGGUCUGUAUAGUGAUUCUUACACUUUUAGUAGUGCUUUGAAAGUCUGCAUCAACUUACUUAACUUGAGACUUGGGCUUCAAGUGCAUGGUUUGAUAGUCACUAGUGGGUAUCAGUUAGAUUAUGUUGUAGGAAGCAUUCUCCUAGAUCUCUAUGCAAAACUGGGAAAUGUAAAAAAUGCGUUGGGUCUGUUUCACAAGCUUCCAAAGAAAGAUAUUGUAGCUUGGUCUGGUUUGAUAAUGGGGUGUGCUAAAGUGGGAUUGAACUCAUUAGCAUUUUCACUGUUCAGAGACAUGGUACGUUCAGAUCUUGAAGUAGACCAGUUUGUUAUUUCAAGUGUUCUAAAGGUUUGUUCAAGUUUGGCAUCUCUUGGAAGUGGCAAGCAGGUUCAUACACUGUGUGUUAAGAGUGGAUUCAACACAGAGGAAGUUACAUUAACGUCGCUUAUUGAUAUGUAUUUAAAGUGUGGUCAAAUUGAGGCUGGUUUAGCAUUGUUUAACUAUAUGCCAGAAAGAGACAUUGUGUCUUGGACUGGGAUCAUUGUAGGGUGUGGGCAGAAUGGAAGACCAAAGGAAGCUAUUACAUUUUUUAAUGAGAUGAUACAAUCAGGAUUGAAGCCAAAUGAGGUCACCUUUCUAGGUGUUCUUUCUGCCUGUAGACAUGCUGGUUUGGUCGGAGAGGCAUGGACCAUAUUUAAGUCCAUGAAAGCUGAUUUUGAAGUGGAACCUCAUUUAGAGCAUUAUUAUUGCAUGGUUGAUCUUCUUGGUCAAGCUGGAUGCCUCCAAGAGGCAAGGAAACUGAUUGCUGACAUGCCAUUUGAGCCUGACAAAACAAUUUGGAGCUCCAUGCUCAAGGCCUGUGGAAUUUACAAGAAUAUUGAACUGGUUGGUGUUGUUGCUGAACAACUAAUUGCAGCAUCACCAGAAGACCCUUCCAUAUAUGUGAUGCUUUCAAACGUUUAUGCUGAAUUGGAAAUGUGGGAUAGUUUAAGCAAAGUGAGGAAUGCUGGUAAGAAACUGGGCACAAAAGAGGCAGGAAUGAGCUGGAUUGAGAUUUCAAGUUAAGAAAUCCCCCUAUACAUUGCAUUAAGCAACUGCAUAUUGUCAAACGUUUGAAAUUAAGUCAUUAGGUUAAAUACUACAAGCUAAAGAAUAGGUUUGGAGCUAAUGGAAAUCUUUAGAUGCAGAAACAUCCUGCUGCAUUUGAUAUCUGGAGGAUCUCACUUAGAAGGAUCCAUAAUUGUAAAAGUGAAGAAUUUGAGAAGGGAAUGAGAGACUAACUAAAGAAAAAAAAGAUAUGCUGAAGGUCUAAAAAGGAGAUUAGGAAUGGUGAUGGUUUGACGAUUCUUCAUAGUUAUAUUUGACUUGGUUGACACAUAUCAUCCAUUCCCACCUCACGCAUGUAGGACAAAAUUAUUAAGGUUGAUUACUCUUUACAGCCCCGUUAAAGACUGCUAUCUGCAAUUCAUUUUUGUGCCAGAAGAGAGUCGAGAGAACAACAAAAAGAAAAACAGUGUGUCGAAGUGAAUACACUACACGAA